UAUCAGUGGUGCUGCCGAAACAGUCUUAAUUCGUUCGCCAAGGAAGUCAUAACCUCACUAAUACGCUACGGGUGAUUUAGCUUGAACAUUGUGAAGAUGAAGUUGUGGAUAGGAUUACUGCUAGUAGGACUCGCACUGGAAGGUCGAGCCCAGCUUACGUGCUUCGUGUGUAAUGGCUGUCCAGAUCCGUUUGACACAUCAGCGACUCAAUUGCCGUGCCCUCAAACGGAAGGAACUACAACGGUUGCUCCCCCCAACACAAAUGAUCCCAUUUUAACACCACCGACUAUACCUGGAGCAACAACAACGGUCGUUCCUGGCACAACCACAGCUCCGACUCCAGGUCCAGGUGAUCCAAUCCUCACACCCCCUCCCGUCGGCCGAAGGAAGCGACAGGUAUCAACCUUGCCUCGAUGCUACAUCGUUACAAUCAAUGGCAUUGUGCAUCGCGGUUGCACCAACUUUGUUACCGAUCAAGCUACAACUUGUCGAAAUCUGAAUAGUGGUAUUGAUCCAGUAGGAGAAUGCCGUAUCUGUGAUUGGUCUGGAUGUAAUAGCGCUAGCGGAUUAACCCUGUCGAUCGCUACCAUACUGGCGGCACUGUUCAUCGCACUGAAGCUAUUUUGAGUCGUCGAAUUUUUCGUCAUCAUCAUCUAGUGCCAAUCUCCAUCGUGUGUGUGUGAUCGUAAAUAUACUAUGACUACUAAUAAAGCAAAUCACCCGAAUGCUCAUA